CUCUGCGCGUUUUGCUUUUAUUGAUUUCAUUGCUCACCGGCCAGUCUUGGGCAGCGUCGUAGGGAGAUGACGCCGGACCACAGUAUUCUCCAAAGCUCUGGAACUAAAAUCUUGCCCUCCACCCCUCCCCGAUAAUUUGGCAGUGCGGAAGAUCAAAGUCGUCAAUAUGUUCCCUUAAAGCUGGUGGAAGUGGUUUUCCGACAUGUUGUCUCUUGAGAGGUUCGCCGCUCAUUUUAGCGAGGCGAGCUCCUGAGGCCAACUCGCCUCCAGUACUGGUCUAGACCGUUACACUCCUUAAGAAACAACUGGCUCAACGAGCUCUGGAAUGUGGACGUGAUUCAGCUUCAAACAUCCAGAUCUCCGUAUGCCUAUGACCGGCUUUGGCCUGGAGGCUGGGAGGCUGGAAAAAGCCUCGGCAACGAUCGUACGAGUCACGUGCGGUAUCAGAUUGGGCGGCCGCGGGCUCUGGAACACUGCACGACCAUUACGAAGUUACCCCAUCAUGAACCACACCGCACCUCAAAGAAGCGUUCAUCUCGACCCUUUCAACAGUUCAACUACGCUUCAAGUCCGGCGCUGAGACUCGAUAGUAUGUACCUAUAGGUAAUAUCAUUGGGCGGCAAGACGUGAUAUCAGGUGUGGCCAGGAACAGCAUCCAGCCACUGGUUCCGCCUGUUCGGCCACACCAUAAGCGCCCUCCUCUCUAGCGGCCAUGGACGUCGAAUCAAGUUGCACAAACGGCUUCUGAUGGAGGAUUAAGGACAGGCCAAGCAUCGCCAUCCUCACUCAUGGGCCUCUCGCUGCAUUGCAUACCCGCUGUCAAGAGACACCAGCAUCAUGUCGUUCAUACCGAUUGGUACAAUUUAUUUGCACCUGGGGUGCGCGCGUCGACAGAUGUGCUGCCCUCGCAUGUCUUCCAGACCCCUCAUGACAUUGCGUGAACGAAUGGCAGCUCCCAUUUGUACCUCUCGUCCCCCAUUCCUGCCCUCCCCUUUUCUCCAAUGAAGAACUUUGUUCCUGGAGCUUCUUCAUACCUUCUCCAUCCCUUCUUUUGACGCUUUCUGGUGUGCAUGUUCGGAAUGAAGUCGUGGCCAUGAAACUUUUGACAGGGUAUCUAGAUGAUGCCUACAGUAGCUGGCUAUCGGCUUCCGUCAACUGCUGUUCGCCUUUGAGGGAAGAAGCGCCUAGGCGUGCUGUUGAAAAGCCGAUGAGAAUCGAACAUCAUCAACCACGCUUGAUUCCUCCGCCAAUUCCAGAACCUCAAGAAAGACCAUCAACCAGAGGAAGAGAGUGGGCGACUCGGACGAGAAGCUUUGCAUCCCGCGCAUCUAGUCGCGGAAGCUUCUCUGUGAGAAGAAAAUUAAACGCUUAUAAUGGACCGCGCCGGCCGCGAAUAGGACACCCUUCGAACUUUCAGCAUCUGGAGAAUGCUACCACGAGGAGAGCUCCUGGACAGGAGAGGUUCCGACCCUUAGAGUUGAGUAUUUACAUGCCAGAAAAUCAGCUUUCUCCAAUACUGCCACACUUUGGCAACAUCGAUGAUCUCUCAUUUCCAUCUCGAUACUCGAAAGAGUUGCCAUUUCCACCUACUGCUCUUGUCCAUUCGCGGAGUGAAAGCUCAAUUUCGUUCCGGAUCCCCCGGAAGCCUGUUCGAUCUGGUUCUGGUACGUCGUCAGAAUGGUGUGCACAGUUUAAAGGUCGGCCAGGAUCUUUGAGUGCACAGGAGUUACUGUCUGCAUUAGAGACUCAGCUUCCGCAGUCUCCACCACCAGCACGUCUUCGGGCCAAAACAGGACCUCCUGCAUAUGAGCGAGUAAAAUCCGCUUUACAUGAGAAGUACGAGCUGGAACAACGCUUGAAAGAUAUUGAAGAAAUCAUCGAGGAGCGAAAGAGUGUCUAUUUUAAUAGCCGGCCCACCAGUCGACUUACAAGUCGACCAGACAGCAUUUACUCCGACUCGCAAGAACCGAUGCCAGCUCCAAGUCUCCUAGCACCAUUCAACCCAUUGCCAGUCACGCCACCAGCUGCCCCGUCGUUUGCGGAACGUGUCUCUUCUCCUCUCGGACAACGCCCUAUGACUGCCCCAUCCAAAACAGUUCACAUCCCUUCACGCCUGGUACCAUUUACAGAAGCUUCAGCUACUUUUACAAUUCAGUCACUCGCAUCGUCGCAACAACAAUCUGCUUUACCACCACCUCCGCCACUACCUCUCGUUCUUCAGGCACCUCACCCACCUCUCAGAAAGAAGAAGUCUUUCUCGCGCGUCUCAAACUGGCUAUUCCCAGCUUCUGGAGAGCACUCACGAAAUAUCUCUCUCGACUCAGUAACCAAUACGCCAAAACCAGUAACGAGCAGAGAGGGCUUCUACCAAUGUGUUGACCUCAGACCCACUACACAGCACACGCGUACCAGCUCCCUUAGCACUGUUAGUACGCUUGAAAGUGAAUUAGAUGAGCCUAGACUUCCGACAACAUGGUCACCGAAUUCGACUCCCGGUAGCGAACACCGCAAACAGCAGCAAGUUACCAUUAGAGAGCUUUCAAUGGACUCGGACAGGAACGACAAGAGCAUUGAGCUUACGAGGGUGAGAACUUUUGGAGAGAAGACUCUAGGCCAUGAUGAUUGCUGGAGGAUGGAUCCUAUGCCUGGUUACGUCCCGGGGCGAAACAGUGUUGGCGUUGCAUUUUAAUUGAUACCAUGUCAGAUAGGGCGUUUGUAAGGACUGGUUGGCCAGUGGAUUUGAUACUAAUGUUCAAUGUGAGAGGAUAAUUAUACCCAUUAGGAAACUUGGUCUCGGAAUGGCUGUAUUCACGUCUUGUAUUUGGUCGAAAUGAGACGGGGAGAUCUUCUUUCUGAAGAUAAAGCUACUGUAGUCAGCUGCAUCUAAGACAGCUCCGAAUCCCAUAAUAUUUCUCAGG